UGUUUUGGGGAACCCGUAAGUAGUGCCAGUUGGGCAGCCGAACCGACCGAUUCCGUUUCGCGUUCCGCGGGGUGCUCGUGUGUUUCCGGGUGGAAGUUUUGCUUUUUGUGCUUGUCAGUGGAAGGAUCGCGCGGUUUUUUUGGUCCCUCUGUGUGAGGCUAACGGAAGUGCUUAUUUGGGGUUGUUUGCCCGGGGGUAAAACUGAGUGAUUAAUUGAUGAGCCCCCCUCGGCCGGAGUUUGGGGUCUGCUGUUGAAGUUCUGUCGAGGUGUCUUGGAAGUAUCUUCUUCGAAACAUAUUGUCCUUUGGAAGAUGCAUUAAAGUGAAAGCUUUAAGAGCGAUGUGAAUGUGGAAACAUAUUGUCUCGUACGUUUCUUCGAGUUGACUUCGGAAGAAAGCGUGUAAUCGAAAAGUCAAAAGGUAUAUCUCAACUGAAACCGAAAAGUGGAAAUAUGGGGACGGUUCGGGAAAAAUCAUUAACCUUAGGAAAUGGGAAAAAAUCACACCAUUGAAAAGAAUGGGCAAAAGAAGGGGCCAAGGUGUCGAUAAAUUGCUUCACUAGAUGGAGGGAUAUUUUUCAGUUUAUUGCCGCCAGUUGUGGGACACAAAAAAGAGAGCAUAAAAUCAAGGGUCAGAUUGUUUCCCAGGGAAAAUCCGGAAAAUCAUGGCAGUGAAGCAAAAAUCGAGUCGAGAAAUGUGAAUAAUAAAAUCAUCACUGCCGGAGGUUGACCCGUGGCUUCGUUUCCCUAGGGGUUGUCAACCGAUAAAAAACCGUUGAAAGCCAAAGGAAGAAUCCUAGCAGUGAAAAGCACAAAUUCCCGAUGAGAAAUGAUGUUUGUCUAUGGGCCAAACUGUGGAAAUUUGAUUAAUUGAAUGUGAUUUGUGGCAGAACCCGACGACCGAAUUUCCUACAAUACGCGGAAUAUAACAAAAGAAAACAACAACAAACCUCGACCAGGGAAAGCAAGAAAGAUCGGAAAAACCUGAAGCUUUGCUAAUGGGGUGGUAAAUACUUCUGGUGAAAAACAACCCAAGGAGAAGAAACAAAAAAAAAAGAUAUUCAAUGGAAGAACGUGAUCCGGCAAUUGUGCUCUAGCGAGUGGAGAAAAUUAAUGAUAUUACACUGUUGAAUUGGAUGAAAAGGCGCUCCUUGGCGCAAACGAGAAAGCCUCAAUGAAUCCCACCGAAUGAAGAAGGCUCCCCUAACCAAGUUUUGUUUUGUUGUCGGUACCAAAGAAAAGAAAAAAGGAAAUUACACAGUGAUUAUCAUCAAGCUCCUCUGUUUGAAAUUCUCCGCCUAAGAGUGGUGUGUUUUGGUGGAAAACAAGUUUUCGGGUGAUACACUUGUUUCAACUCAUCAUCAUCCCCCCUCGUUAUUUUUUUUUUUGCUGGUUCAAAAUACACGCUGGAUGAUGCUGCCCCAAGAAAUGUGCGUGACGUGACGAACGUGAAUAUUUUCACGAAACCAACUCACUGGGAGAGCCUAAAAAAAGUGAAAAUGUGCCACACUAUACCGGGAAGCAAAAAAAUUCACGUAAGAAAAGAAUAAAUUCCCUGCUUCCGUUUCCUUGCAAACGCAGCUGAUGGGAAACUUUUCCUCCGGAGUUCUUCGUUUCUUCUGUGUUUGUGUUUUGUGAAGGAAGAAAAUUUUUUGGAAAAAAAUCGAUUUCGAAAGCACAUUUGGGGAAAUACGUGCCGUGUGCCACCGAACCACCAACACCUCCCGAUAAAUAUGGAUAAACGUUUGGGGCCAGGCAGCGGAGUUGCCUUAGAAGUUUGUGGAAUACUACGUUUUGACUCCCCAACAACCGGAACCAGAAGAAGCAGAAGAAUGUCGGUUGUGGCAACGAUGGCCAUCGCCAUGCUGAUGCUGCUCCUCGGUUUGCAUAAUGUUAAAGCUCUUCAAAAUCCAAGAAUCAUCGAGCAUCCUAUCGAUACGACGGUUCCAAGGCAUGAGCCGGCCACCUUGAACUGCAAGGCCGAAGGAGUUCCUCCGCCCAGUAUCACCUGGUUUAAGGACGGAGCGCCGUUGAAAAUCCUGUCCGGUUCCCAUCGGAUGUUUUUGCCUGCCGGAGGGCUGUUUUUUCUUAAGGUCGUAAACUCUCGCCGGGAAAGCGAUGCCGGAGUGUACUGGUGUGAGGCAAAGAACGAAAAUGGGGUGGCCAGGAGUCGAAACGCGACCCUUCAAGUGGCAGUUUUGCGGGAAGAGUUUCGACUGGAACCGCAGCACACCCGGGUGGCUCAGGGCGAAACCGUGCUGCUCGAGUGUGGUCCACCGAAAGGCGUCCCGGAGCCAACGGUCAUGUGGCGCAAAAACGGCCAAAAGUUGGACGUCGAGAGCACCAAGCGGAUCCGGAUCGUCGACGGGGGCAAUCUGGCGAUCCAGGAUGUGCGCCAGACGGACGAGGGCCAGUACCAGUGCAUGGCGAAAAAUCUCGUUGGAACUCGGGAGUCGGCGAUGGCGUUCCUGAAAGUGCAUGUCAAACCCUACCUAAUCCGUGGACCACACGACUCCACCAUCGUCGAGGGCCAAUCGGUAACGUUCCAGUGCCGCGUCGGUGGGGACCCAAUGCCCGAUGUCCUGUGGCGCCGCUCGGCAUCCGGCGGAAACAUGCCCCUAGAUCGGGUGCACAUCCUGGAAGAUCGAAGCCUUCGGCUGGAAAACGUCGUUCCCGAUGACGAAGGCGAGUACAGCUGCGAGGCGGAUAAUGCCGUUGGGGCGAUUUCUGCUACCGGAACGUUGACCGUAAAUUCUCCCCCGCAUCUGAUUAUUCGACCAGUGCCGCAGGUUGUCGAAGCUCCACACGACGCAUCGUUCGAGUGCAAGUCGGAAGGUCGUCCUAAGCCGACCACUUUCUGGUCUAUUGAAGGGAAUCGGAGUUUGAUUUUUCCCGGAAACAAACUUGAUCGGUUUGAGACUUCGAGAACUUUGGAGGGACUGACGGUGUUGACGAUCCUGCAAACAACGAAACAGGACAACGGCCUGGUGGUAGUUUGUAGUUCGGUCAAUUCUGUUGGAUCAGUUAGUGUGCGAGCGCGACUUACGGUUGCUUCGCAGGACGAUCGCCCACCGCCAAUAAUUAUCCUAGGACCUUCGAACCAAACUUUGCCGAUGAAAUCCGUCGUAGCGCUGCCUUGUAAAGCAGUUGGAAACCCGGUUCCAAUAAUUUCCUGGUAUCUGGAUGGGAAUCCGGUGAUGAACUCGGAUCGAAUCAACACAACUGAAAAUGGAACGCUUGUGAUUCAGAAUUUGGAUAAAUCCACCGAUCAAGGACUUUACACAUGCGUAGCAAGUAGCCGAAGUGGAAAAGCCACCUGGAGUGCGUUCUUGAAAUUGGAGAAUCCGACGAACCCUAACAUAAAAUUUUACCGGGCCCCAGAACCCAGUGCCUUUCCAAGUGCUCCCGGUAAACCACUCGUUCAGAACGUUACCAACAGCUCAAUAACCAUCUCGUGGCUUCCAAGUAUCAAAUCUGGAGCUUCCGACAUCAACGGUUAUCUGGUGGAAGUUUUUUCGACCGAUACUGUAAAAAGUUGGCUACCGAUUCCUUACAAGCUGUCUUCCACUAGCUAUACUUAUACCCAAGUCAGUCAGGAUGUGGCGUACACUUUUAUCGUAAGAGCCGAGAACGAUCAAGGUCUGGGCAUCCCUAGUUUGAUGUCCGAUCCCGUGAUGAUUGGUAGGGAUGUCAAUCAUGGUGAAGACAUCGGACUAAGUGAAGCACAAGCUACCUUGUCAUCGGGUAGCAUCGUGAAUUUAUUGGAGGCCAAUGCCUCCGAUGCGACGAGCGUUCGACUGUCUUGGGACAUCGUCAACGGACAAUACGUUGAAGGUUUUUACAUCUACUCCCGAAACGUUGCUAGCAACGGAACCUACCGAACACUGACUGUGCUCAAUGGAGGUGGAGCAUCGGCCUGUACCAUCAACGGGCUAGAUCGUUACACUGAGUACGAAUUCUUCCUGGUUCCUUUCUACAAAAACAUCGAAGGAAAGCCGUCGAACUCCCGAACUGCACGAACUCUGGAGGAUGUUCCAACUGCUCCACCUGUCAACAUGGAAGCUGUACUUUUGAACACUUCAGCGGUUUUUCUGAAGUGGGAACCUCCAGCGAAUCACAGUUUGAAUGGAAAGCUUAAGAACUACCACAUCAUAAUUCGUGGGUACGAUGUGCACAACAUAUCGAAGGUGCUCACCAAUAUGACCGUCGAUGGGGACUCUCCGAAGUUGUUGCUGGCAAAUCUUUCGGCCGGAGUUACCUAUUCCGUUAGCAUUGCUGCUUCUACAAGGGUUGGAAUAGGUCCGUUCAGUUCGCCUUCAAUUCUCAGAUUGGACCCUCAUACCAAACGGCUCGAUCAGGGUUACACUCGUUAUCCGAUAAACCACGACUAUUCGCAUGACAUUCUGACUCAGACGUGGUUCAUCAUUCUGCUGGGGUCGAUCAUUGCCAUCAUUGUGUUCCUGUUCGGGGCAACCGUCAUCUUCCGGCGGAUACAGUUCAUGAAGCACAGCUCCCUCAACAGUAUGCAUGGGAAUCACGCCAUCGGAACGGUUCGCAAGUUUCCCACCCUGCCACUGAACCCCAAUGGGGUCUGGAUCGAUCCCGGUGGCGGCGUUUGGCGUCAGGCGUCGGAAAUCACCAAGGAAGCCAUCACCGAUUAUGCAGCCGUAUCGAAUGCUCCCACGCUGCCACUGCCUGAUUAUGAAAGGUAA